ACAAAGAGCUACAGUAACCGGAUCCUGCUGAAAAACUCCAUGUCUGGCCCUUUAAACCCAAGCCCAGCCUCCACCUGCAGCUCAGUGACGCGGCUCACCUGUUGGCAGGUACACCGUACUCUGUUUUGAAAGGAAUGGGUGAAGGAAGAUGAAUCUAAACCGGGAUUUUUGGACACAUCUAAAGACAGCCUGGUCUUGUUUUACAGCUGAUUGAAGAAGGUCUUUGUGUGUAUGAGGAGAAGGUGAGAGAGAGAGAGAUGACAGAAGGAGGCAGAAGCUCUAUGAAGACUCAGCUGGUGAAUGCCAUCCAGCUGCAGGAGGUGGAGUUGGAGGAGGAGGAGGAGGUGCAGCAGCCCCAGCAGCAGCAGGAGCAGCAGCAGCAGGAGAGCUGGAGAAAUGCAUCACCCAGCAAAGCCACAGGUGGACAAAAUCAGAAAUGCUACAGUGUGGAGGAGGCGGUGGAAAGCAUCGGCUUCGGACGCUUUCACGUUCUGCUGUUCAUUAUUAUGGGCAGCGCUAAUAUUGUAGAGGCGAUGGAGAUCAUGUUGUUGGCUGUGGUUUCUCCUGAGAUUCGGUGUGAGUGGCGUCUGGAGGAUUGGCAGGUGGCCCUGGUCUCCACGAUGGUGUUUCUUGGCUUUAUGAUAUGUGGGGUGCUGUGUGGAUACGUAGCAGACAAAUACGGCCGCUGGAAGGUGGUGUUUGGAGGCUUUGUGUGGGCAGCGUAUUUCUCUCUGCUCACGUCAUUCGCGCCAUCCUACGGUUGGUUUAUUUUCCUGCGCAGCAUGGUGGGCUGUGGAGUAGCAGCCACAUCACAAGGGUUUGUGCUGAAGACUGAGUUCAUUCCUGCCAAACACAGAGCGUUCCUGCUGCCGCUCGCCUCAAUCUUCUGGAUGGUGGGAUCGUUACUCAUCAUCAUUCUUGGAAUGACCGUGGUGCCCACUCUGGGCUGGCGGUGGAUGAUCCGGUUCUCCAUCAUCCCAAGCCUCAUACUGAUUGGACUGUUCCAGUUUAUCCCUGAAUCAGUGAGGUUCCAGGUCUCAGCGGGGAAUGUAGAAGGUGCUGUUGCCACAUUGAAAUGGAUCGCUAAGAUGAAUGGAGCCAGUUUGCCAGAGGGGGAGCUACGGGAACCUAUAGUGGAAGAGAGAGGAAAUGCGUUGACCCUAAUCAGUCCAACCUUCAGGAGAACCUCUCUGCUGCUGUGGUAUUCAUGGUUUGUGGCCUCCUUCACUUAUUACGGCUCAGUUCUGAGCAGUUCAGAGCUGCUGGAGAAGAACCUGCUGUGUGUGGUGGAUGCUGAUGCAGAGCACGGCAUCAAACACAACCAGGAGGAGGCGCUGUGCUACUGCAUCCCCUUCAACAUGGCCGACUACCAGACCCUUCUCAUCAGCUGUCUGGGAGAGGUGGCACUAAUUCCUCUGAACAUCGGCUUGUUGAAUGUGGUGGGCCGGAAGUUAAGCAUGAUCAUUCUGCUGCUUCUCUCUGCAGUUUUCUUCAUGCUGGUUAAUGUCUGUACUACUAUGUUUGGUUUCACGGUGCUGCUCUUUCUGCUCCGCUCGCUGGUCUCAAUGAAUUUUAAUGUGGUUUAUAUUUACACUGCAGAGGUCUACCCUACCUCAGUACGCUCUUUAGGAAUGGGCUUCUGCACGUCGUUCAGUCGUAUCGGGGGGAUGAUCGCACCAUUUAUAGCCCAGGUUUUAAUGUCCAAGUCUGUGCUGCUAGCCCUGUCUCCAUUCUCUCUGGCAUGCUGUCUCUGUGCUGUCGGAACUGCCCUUUUACCCAUUGAGACCAGAGGACGAGCUUUAUUGCAAAAUGAAUGAUGCAGACCUGCGGAAGAAGAUUAAACGACUUUUUCACUUUGUUAAUUUCAUUAAACCUAGACUUGUUUUACAAAA